AUGGUUGAAAUGAAGCAGUACGUUCAUUUUGAGCAAAAGAAACCUGGUUCAGAAAUCCCUGCAGGUGGAGGGAAGGCAGGAGGGCACUCCUCCAAUGGGAACCCGAGAGCGGUCAGUAGCUGUGGAGGCCUGCUAACCCGCUCGUUCUCCAGCCGACUGGAGGGACGCGUUCAGUGUUCAUUAGAUCCAGCCGUCGGUCCUUUGAAUCUGCUCGCGCUCGGCAGCGGCGACGCGGAUGGCAGGAGGUGUCUGGUCAGCAGGUUGCUGAGGAUCCUGCGGGUAGCAAAGGGAGGGCGAGUGCCCCUGCAGCCCCAGACAGCAACCAGAGAAGGUAGAGGGGCUGGGCGGACUUGGAGGGACCAGGGGCGGGGUCUUGGGGCGCGGCCGCACGAGGUGACCCCGGCCCGGCUCCCGCAGGAGGCCAGGGCAGAGCGCCCGCUGGCUGCAGGAGGAUCUGCCAGAGCAUCUUUUGGAGAUCGAAAGGUAGAACUUUCCAGUUCAUCCCAGCACGGAGCCAGCUACGAUGUAUACAACCCAUGCUGUAGGUAUCAGCACAUUUCACCUGAUUUGAUCCGGCGCCUUCCUCCACGUUCAGAAGCAGCGAGACUAUAUGGAUCAGUUUGUGAUUUAAGGACCAGCAAACUUCCCAGUUCCCCUGGGCUAAGCAAGUCUAUGUUUGAUCUUACAAGUUCAUCCCAGCGGUUCAUCCAGAGACAUGAUUCCCUGUCCAGUGUGCCUAGCAACUCUUCUUCCAGGAAGAACUCCCAGGGGAGUAACAGAAGCCUGGAUACAAUUACUCUGUCAGGAGAUGAAAGAGAUUUUGGGAGAUUGAAUGUGAAAGUGUUUUAUAAUUCUUCAGUAGAGCAGAUCUGGAUCACAGUUUUACAGUGCAAAGAUUUAAGUUGGCCUUCUAGUUGUGGAAACACUCCUACUAUUUCUAUAAAAGGAAUACUAACAUUGCCCAAACCAGUGCAUUUCAAAUCUUCAGCAAAGGAAGGCUCUAAUAGUAUUGAAUUUAUGGAAACUUUUGUAUUUGCUAUUAAACUCCAAAGUCUACAAACCAUAAGACUUGUAUUUAAGAUUCAAACCCAGACACCCAGGAAGAAAACCAUUGGAGAAUGCUCACUGUCACUCAGGGCUCUUAGCACACAGGAGAUGGAUUACUCUUUGGAUAUAACACCACCUUCAAAAAUUUCUGUUUGCCAUGCAGAACUUGAAUUGGGGACUUGUUUUCAAGCAGUAAAUAGCAGAAUUCAGUUACAGAUUCUCGAGGCACAAUACCUUCCAAGCUGUUCAUCACCUCUCACUUUGAGUUUUUUUGUGAAGGUGGCAAUGUUUAGUUCAGGGGAGUUGAUUUAUAAGAAGAAGACACGUUUACUGAAGGCCUCCAGUGGCAGAGUAAAGUGGGGAGAAACUAUGAUUUUUCCACUCAGACAGAAUGAAAAAGAAAUUAUUUUUCUCAUUAAGCUUUACAGUCGGAGCUCUGUAAGAAGACGACACUUUGUGGGGCAGAUUUGGAUAAGCGAAGACAGUAAUAACACUGAAGCAGUGAAUCAGUGGAAAGAAACCAUUACAAAUCCAGAAAAGGUUGUUAUCAAGUGGCACAGAUUAAAUCCAUCUUGAAGACAUCACACAUUAAUUUGAUGAAGAAUUUGACAUUCUUUUAGAAGACUUAGGAUUUCAAUUUGCUACCAAUGAAAAGAGACAAAUCAAUACAUUUGUCAAUUUAUUUAUGGAGGUCAUCAUUGUAAUGUGUAAUGGAUCUUAUAGAAAAUUAAAUUUGAUUAAAGAAAAUGGGAUGACUUCUAUCUGAUAUCCAAAAUAAAGGGGAUGUUUUAAAACUAUGCCAAAAUAGACAGUGAAAUAAAGAGUAGUAUUUCUGGGGCAACUAAAUAAAUUAUAAAAUAAAAAAAAAGAGAGAGAAGGUAUCAUGACCAAAUGGGGUUUAUCUCAGGAAUACAGGGUUGGUUUAACAU